AUGGUCUUCUUCUCUGCUUUAACCUCCAGGCUCAAUGGUGCUAAGGCAACAAAUCACUUCACCGUCUUUCACCGGUUUGGUCAUUCUACUACUCCGGCGGCUAUAGCCACCACCGCCGUAGACGAAACAUUUGGCUCGAUCUCACCUUCUCUUUCACCUGAAGACCGAAACAAGUUCUUAGCGAAGCUGUUAUCGAAUUGCAACAGCCUCGCUCGAGUCCGUCGCAUCCAUGGCGAUAUCUUCCGUUCUCGAAUCCUCGAUCAAAAUCGGAUCGCGUUCUUAUGGAACAACAUCAUGCGAUCCUACGUACGCCACGAUUCUCCUCUCGAUGCAAUCCAGGUGUACCUGGGUAUGGUGAGAUCAAAUGUUUCACCGGAUCGAUACUCUUUUCCGAUCGUAAUCAAAGCCGCCGUUCAAAGUCACGACCUUCCGAUGGGGAAACAGUUCCAUUCCGUCGCCGUGAAGCUGGGUUUCGUCGGAGACGAGUUCUGCGAGAGCGGGUUUAUCACAUUGUACUGCAAAUCUGGGAAGUUAGGAGAUGCACGUAAACUGUUCGACGAAAAUCCCGAGAGAAAGUUAGGAUCUUGGAACGCCUUUAUCGCAGGGUUGAAUCAGGCGGCGAGAGGGAACGAGGCUGUGAGAAUGUUCGUCGAGAUGAAAAGGAACGGUUUUGAGCCUGACGAUUUCACCAUGGUGAGUGUGACGUCAGCUUGUGGAAGCUUAGGGAACUUGAGCUUAGCUUUUCAGCUGCACAAAUGCGUUUUGGAAGCUAAAUCUGAAGAGAAGUCUGAUAUCAUGAUGAUGAAUUCGCUUAUCGACAUGUAUGGGAAAUGCGGGCGUAUGGAUUUAGCGAGCCAGGUGUUCGAUGAAAUGCUGGAGAGGAACGUCGUCUCGUGGACGUCGAUGAUCAUGGGCUACGCAGCUCACGGGGAGACAGAGGAGGCUUUGGGAUGUUUUCGUCGGAUGAGAGAGUCCGGUGUGAGACCGAACAAUGUGACUUUCGUUGGAGUGCUCAGUGCUUGUGUUCAUGGAGGUCUUGUGGAGGAAGGAAGAGUGUAUUUUGAUAUGAUGAAGUCGGAGUUCGGGUUGGAGCCGGGGCUGUUGCAUUACGGGUGCGUGGUUGAUCUGCUGAGCCGUGACGGGAGGCUUGAGGAGGCGAAGGAGGUGGUGGAGGGAAUGCCGAUGAAGGCUAAUGUGGUGGUUUUGGGUUGUUUGAUGGGUGGGUGUGAGAAGUUUGGGGAUGUUGAGAUGGCUGAGUGGGUGGCUCGACGUAUGGUUGAGCUCGAGCCGUGGAACGAUGGUGUUUAUGUUGUUUUGGCUAAUGUGUAUGCGUUUAGAGGGAUGUGGAGUGAGGUUGAGAGAGUUAGGAAGAUGAUGAAGACGACGAAUGUUGCCAAGAUUCCUGCUUAUAGCUUUGCUACGUCGUCGUUUUGA